CCGGGGCUGGGCGGGGCCGGCUCUUCCUGCUGUGCUCGGACUGCCCCCUCUGGUGACCCUUGAGUGGGGCUAUGGCGGCUAUGGCGGCGGUGGUGUGGGGACGGUGCUGGCCUCGGGCGUGGCUCUGCAGGAGGGCUGGGCAGGACUGCGGCCGGCACUACCGCGCCGUGCUGUGCGCCGAGUUGAAGCAGCCCCUGGCCAUUGAGGAGGUCGCCCCCCGCCCUGUCCGGCCGCACGAGGUCAGAGUUGAUGUCCAUUUCUGUGGAAUUAACUUUGCGGAUAUUUUGGUCUGUCAUGGUCAAUAUCAGAAAAGGCCCCAACUUCCCUUCACACCUGGAGUGGAGUUUGCUGGGAUGGUAUUGGAGACAGGCACGGAUGUCAGCACGGUGAAAGAGGGAGAUCGAGUUAUUGGCAUAAGUGGCUUUAAUGGUAUGGCUGAAGAAUGCGUUGUUGACCACAAGGCACUGUGGCAGAUUCCAGAAGGUGUCCCCCUUCGAGAAGCGGCGGCCCUACCUGUAUCUUACGGCACUGCUAUCCUGGCCUUGGAGCAUCGGGCCCGGACCCAGCCUGGAGAAACCGUCUUAGUGACAGCAGCAGCUGGAGCCACAGGCCUUGCUGUGAUAGACGUGGCAACAAACAUUCUUCAGGCCAAGGUAAUAGCUGCUGCGGGCAGUGAUGAGAAGUGCCAGCUGGCGAUGCAGCGGGGUGCCCACUCCAGCGUGAACUACAGUCAGGGCAGCCUGAAGGAGGCAGUGAGGAAGCUGGUGGGCAAUGGCGGGGUGAACGUGGUCAUCGACACUGUGGGAGGAGAUCUCUUCCUGGAAGCUCUCCGCAGCCUGGCAUGGGAAGGCAGGAUUGUGGUGGUGGGUUUUGCCGGAGGAACCAUUGCUUCUGUGCCAGCCAAUCUUCUGCUUCUGAAGAAUGUCUCUGCUAUGGGGCUGUACUUGAGCCGAUACUGGGACCAGAACUUUCCCUUGUUCUCCAGGGGCCUGUCCUCUGCAAUUCAGUACUGCCAGCAAGGGCGCAUCCAGCCACACAUCGGAGCUGUUUUUAAGCUGGAGGAGGUCAACGAUGCCUUCCUUCAUGUCACACAGCGCAAAUCCACAGGCAAGGUACUUCUGUCCCUUAAAUAAGUCCUUGCUUCAGCGGCAAACUCAGCAUGUCUAAAUCCAAACUCAUAAUGUUUCCAAAAACCCUGAUUUCCCUUCUGUGUUUUUAAAGGUUUUACCACCUUCCUCAUUAACACAGUUUCAAAAUCUUUUAGAGUCACCUUUGAGUCUGUUUUCUUAUUCCUAGUUAGUGUGAUCAUAUACUUUAUUGUCCAAAUUUGGACCCAUUUGAGAGUGAAAGGAUGCUAGGAAGACAGAUGUCCCAGACAAACUAGGAUGUCUGGUCUCCCUAUUCAUAAUGUAUCAACAGCCAGGUUCUGCCAUCCUCACCUCUAAGAGGUCUCUCACUUCCAUAUCCUCUUUUCCAUUCUGACUAAUUAUGUCACAUCUGCUAAUUCCAGUCACCUUCUAACUGACUCUCCUACCUUCAAACUACCCUCGCCCCUCCAUCUUUGUUCUACAUUAUUGCCAUGGCGACCUUCCCAAAGCACAGCUAUGACUGUGUAUGUCUCAGAACUCAGCAGUGGCUCACCAUCGUCUGCAGGGUGGAGCUCAGACUCCUCCAGCUAGAUUUCAUUAUGACCAGGAUUUCGUCCCUCUGUGUUUCCAGCUGUAUGUUGGACAGCUCCACCAGCCCCUCCGUGUACACUUGGAUUGCCCACCUUCCCUACUUUGCUCUGCUAAGCAGUUUCUUUUACCCCUUAUCUCUGUUUAACACAAGCCUUCCUGACCUCCAACACCUACCUCUGCAUGAUCUUCUCCCCUCAGGUGGGUGCUCAUCUCUUUUGUUUCCCUUCUACCUUCCUGAAGCUUCUCCCCCAGGAUGUGUCACAUUCUGCCUUGCACCAGCGGGAGCAGCAUGCCUAGUGGAAUGAACAUAGGAUUCUGAAUCCAAGAUGUGGAUUUGAGUCCCAGUCUCAGCACUUGAGAGGUGGUUACUUAAGGUCUCCAGGCCUUUAUUUCCUUGCACAGUGAGUUACCCUUGAACUGAAUUGAAUAUGAGUGAUCUGCAGGUCUUAAUUUGUGAGAUUAAGUUGAGAAUUAGUUACUCUGGAAACAGCCCACAUGUUCAUCACAGAUGAGUAGAUAAACAAAAUGUGGUAUAUGCAUACAAUGGAAUAUUACUCAGCCUUACAGAGGGAGGAAAUGCUGACACAUUCUACAACAUGGAUGAACCUUGAGGACACUAUGCUAAGUGAAAUAAGCCAGUCACAAAAGGUCAAAUAUUGUAUAAUCCCACUUAUGUGAAGUACCUGGAAUAAAAUUCAUAGA